CGGACCUGCUGGUGACAGGGAUCUGCAUGCCCAUUCAGCUCAGCAAGGCCAUCACCCUCGUAUGGUUCUACGGGGAAACAGUCUGCAAAAUUGUCAAUUAUAUUCAAGGAGUCGCAGUAGCAGCCAGCGUGUUCACAAUAACGGCAAUGUCAGUGGACCGAUGGCUCUCCAUCUCCCCUGAACCAAGACUCCGACCUCCUGGCAGAAAGCAGGCAUUGCUGCUGCUCUUACUCCUCUGGUGUGCUGCCUUACUCAUAUUCAUACCAUUGCUUAUGGUAGCCACCGUUCGUCGGGAACCCGUCCCCAUCAUAUCGAAGGCACUGAAAAAUAUAUCGAUAGAAACCAGAGACGUGCACUUCUGCACCGAGGAGUGGCCGGGGCUGGACAGGAAGAAACAGUUCGGUAUGCUCAGCUUCACACUGGUCUAUGCCAUACCAGGGUCAAUAACAAUAAUGUCGUACGCGUGUAUGGGGCGCACGCUCUGCUCGGUGCGACCUCCAUUCGACAUCGACGAGGGCAACGUCAGCAUGCAACAGGGUCUAAGACUGAUGAAGGAGAGGAAACGAGUAGCGUGGAUCCUGUUACUCCUGGCAGUGCUGUUCGCUAUGUGCUGGAUGCCUUACAAUAUCAUGCAGCUGCUGCUGGAUGUCAACCUCGUCAAUGCGAAGGACCUCAGCAUGGUGUUACCGUAUGCACUGUUUAUAGGUCACGCAAACUCAGCAAUUAACCCAAUAGUGUACUGCAUGAUGACUAGAAAUUUCCAGCGGUCAGCGCGCAAACUUCUGUGUGGCCGCGGCGUGUGUCAACAGACCAACUUCACGUGGCGCUGUGCUCAGAAGCCUGAAGGUUCUUCGAGCGACUACGAGCUGUACCACGAGCCUCACAAAAGGUGCUACUUACAGAUGCACAACCUCCGGUACAACGGUCAUGCAUACAGUACGCACAUUCCCCGCGGCAUCGAGACGCGUGCGCAAACAACGCAAUUGAGUCACGUGACACGGUCCUCGCGACGGACGGCGCCUGCGCACGCCUUGUCCGUUGAAAUGUUACAACGUCAUGGACUCAUUGACUUCAAACGUUAAAGAACUCAAAGUCAAAUUCUGUGUGUGAGUGAUUGUUAGAAUACAUUCAGGUAAUAAGGAGAAGGCAGCAGCAUUAUCAAAAUUUGCGGUAUACUGUAUAACAAGCAAAGCAAAACUUCUCUCGAAAAGAAGUCCUUUGUUCAAUGUAAAAGUAUUUUUAAUAAAUUUAAUGAUGUUGAGUGACUUUUAUGAAUGAUAUGUAUAUAUAAGUGAGUACAUUAACCCAGAGCUUAUAGCCUGUAAUGUCCGUAACUUUAUCAUUAAUUAACUCCGAAAGCUCUUAAAAAUAAAGUGCGUUGUAACUAAAUUAAUUAAUUAGACUUCGUGCGGUGAAAUUGGUUCCAGGUAAAAUAUAAGGAAGACAUCGAUAUAAAACAAUAUUUAGAAAAUAUUACUAAGUACCUAUUCAGAAUCACUAAGUAGCUACUUAACUCAAGCCCAUAGGUCAAGCUCCGCCCUCCCAAUCUCCAAUCCCCAAAUCCC